UUUUGCAUUUGAGGAUUAUUGUGUUCCUAACAUCUCGCUCACUCAUUCAGUUGAGGAAGAACACUUUGUGGUUUUUGUUGUUAUAAAUUGUAAUAAUCCAAAGAUUGUUCGAGAAAAGACCAGAAAAGGGAAAGAUGGUGGUGCUGUCGUCGGAGGAGGAUGAAUUCGACGAGGAGCCCGGCGAGGUCAUCGAAUCGGCGCCGCCGCAGAAGGUGGGGGAAGAGAGGCAACUCAGAGGUUUCAAGAAGAAGCUUCUCAGACACGGACACGGUUGGGAGACCCCUAACUUCAACGACGUCGUAACAGUUCACCGUGUUGGAGGAACAUUGGUCGACGGAACGGCGUUGGGUUCUUCCACUAGAGACACGGAUCAACCCUUGACGUUUACUCUCGGCAAUGGUGACGUUCCUGGGUUGGACCGUGGGAUUACGAGUAUGAAGAAAGGGGAGGUGGCAUUGUUCACGUUACCUGCAGAUGGUGAAGGUGAUGUUUGGCGUGAUUCCGACUCUGUUGUGCAGUUUGAGGUCGAACUCCUUUCGUGGAUGAGGGUGGUGUAUGUAUGCAAAGAUGGUGGAGUUAUCAAGAAAAUUGUGGAGAAGGGGAGUGGGAACGACCGCCCUUCUGAUCUCGAUGAAGUGCUUGUGAAGUAUCAGGUGGCACUAGUUGAUGGCACCGUUGUUGAAGAGACACCUGAAGGAGGAGUUGAGUUUUACGUGAAGGAUGGUCAUCUUUUUCCGAUUUUGCCAAAAGUGAUCAUGACUAUGACGAGGGGAGAAAAGGCCGAAUUAAUUGUCCAACCUCAGUAUGCCUUUGGGGACACGGGAAGAGACUCUGGAAGUGGGCUCUGUCCAAUCCCUCCAAAUUCAGUACUGCAUGCUAAUAUUGAAUUGGUGUCCUUCAAGCCUGUCAUAAAUGUUACUGGUGACUCCAAGGUGCUUAAAAAGAUAUUGAAAGAAGGGGAGGGUGCUUUCACAGCCGACGAGUGUGCACAUGUUACUGUCAGCUUCACAGCUAUGCUAGAAGAUGGCACGGUAUUUGAGAAAAGGAGAACUGGUGAAGAACAACCCUUGGAAUUCAUAACUGAUGAGGAACAAGUGAUUGCUGGUCUAGAUCGAGCUGUGGCUACUAUGAAGAAGGGUGAGAGGGCCAUUAUUUCCAUACAUCCUGAGUAUGCAUUUGGAAAUGUUGAAGUGAGACGAGAUCUUGCUAUUGUUCCACCAGGCUCAAAUGUAGUCUAUGACGUUGAGAUGAUGGAUUUUAUCAAGGAAAAAGCACCAUGGGAAUUGAAUAGUAAGGAGAAAAUUGAGGUGGCUGGGAGGAAGAAAGAAGAAGGAAAUGUACUAUUUAAAGGUGGCAAUUACCUCCGAGCAGAGAAGAAGUAUGAACAGGCAGUUGAUUUUCUUAGUGACGAUGGAUCCUUUGGGUUCGGUGAGCAAAAGCAAGCUGACGCACUGAGAGUGUCAUGCUGGUUGAAUGGUGCAGCUUGUAGCCUUAAACUUAAUGACUUUAGUGGAGCAAUCAAACUAUGUUCGCAGGUGCUUGAUGUUGAAUUUUGCAACGUGAAAGCUUUCUACAGACGAGCACAAGCAUAUAUAGAAACUGGAGACUUCCUAUUAGCAGAUUUAGACAUCAAGAAAGCUCUUGUGGCGGACCCACAAAACAGGGAGGUAAAGAUAAUUCAAAAGAAAUUGAAGCAACUUCAAGCUGACAAAGACAAAAAAGAUGCGAAGCUAUACGGAAACAUGUUUGCGGGUAAAACAAAGGACUCGUCUAUGGCUAUAAAGAGACCGAAGGUUGAGAAAGACGAUAGGGAAAACGAAGAUGGAGCAAGAAUGGAAGAGGACACAGUUGCUGAUAGCGCAGUGAUUUAACAGUUAGUUUGUUGUUGUUGAACCUGUAUAGAUUAUAGUGCAAAGCUUCCAUUAGCAAAAAUUCGUUGUAGAAGAUGGAACUUGCAAAUUUAAUUCGAACGGUAAUCUACAUGCUCGAAUAGAAUACAUUAAUUUUUACCAUCAUUUAUACCAAUUCCAAUUAGCAUCCAAA